UGAUUUCAUGAAUUGGAGAUUUGGAGGUGAGCUUAAAAGGGUAAGUGUCUCAUAAUCUCUCUCACCGACUUCUCGUUGGAGUCGCUCUGAGGCUCUGAGCAUUUCUUCCUCGCGAAGACUUGGGGGUUUCUAGCAUUUUACAUUCUCGAUCUCACUACGCCGAGAAGGUUAAUUUUGUCCCCUCAGGUCACCGUGGUAGGCCAAGAGCCAUGCUGCAACGCGCUGUAGCCAUUAUCAUCCAUCUUCUGAACUCUUGCCCGUUCACAUAAAAAAUAAAGGACUAUUCCGCUCGAAUUACCAUUUACGCGGAAGCGUUUAGGUAUGGGGGCUUGGUGAUGUGCAAUUUAAUGGAAGAAGAUAGGCCAAAAUGAGUCAGGAUUUGAAGAGGCUGGAGUCAACAAAAUCACAUUCGUGGUGGUGGGAUAGCCAUAUUUGCCCGAAAAGUUCAAAAUGGAUGGCUGAAACUCUAGAGGAUAUGGACAAAAGCGUCAAGCGGAUGCUGAAGCUGAUCGAAGGCGAUGGAGAUUCGUUUGCCAAGAAGGCCGAUAUGUAUUACCAGAAGAGGCCUGAACUCAUCUCCCAUGUCGAAGAUUUCUAUCGCAUGUACAGGUCGCUCGCGGAACGCUACAAUCACUUGACAGGAGAAUUGCGUAAGAACAUUCCCCACGAGUUGCAAUCUCAGAGUUCUAGUUUUUCCGACGCUGGCUCUGGACCAAUGUCUCCAAUUCGAACUCCUCGGAGGUCUACCCGCCAGAGAAAUGGCCACCGGGCUCCUGGCUUUGAUUUCUUUCUGGGUUCUCUUGGAGGGAGCUUCAAUGACCUCACCCAGAAGAAUGUCGAAGCUGCAUCGUCUCCUUCGUCAGAUUCUGAGUUGGAUUCUGAUGAGACAUCGUCUAUGAACAAUUACUCUGGUCCAUCGGUAACUGGAGAUGGCGAAAGUAUGCAUCGGCGGGUUAUUGAAUUGGAGAUUGAGCUCCGAGACGCUGAAGAAAGACUCCGUGAGGCAGAGGAAGGGAACAAAGAUGGUAGUAAUUCGAAGAACACCGAUAAUGGUAGGAAUCAUAAGAAACUGCUAAGUAGGAUAGCAGGUUAUGAGGAACAAUUAAGAAUCUCGAAUGGAAAACUGAAGCUUGCAGAAGGAGAGAUAGCCAGGUUAAAGCUUGGGCUUGGGAAUGAUGAAUCAACGAAGCUUUCAAAUAAUUUUCAGGCUCAGCUGGAAUUAGCGCAGAAGGAUAUUCAGAUGGUGGAGACAGAGAAUAAAUCAGGGGAAAGAUUCUCCUUCGAUCUUUCGGAAGCUAGUUCUUCGGCACUAGACUCUGGGUCUCUGAUUGAAAUAUUGAAAACUACAAACAGGAGGCUUCGGGAUACAGAGGACGAAAUUGCAGGGUUGAAGAUUGAACUAGAGAAUAAACGAUCCUCGGAAGAAGAUAUUACCGACGAUGCCACGAGUGAGAUGCCCGAGGUUGUGUUGGAAAAAACCCCGGAACAAGAGCUCCUAGAAAGGAUUACAGGGUUGGAGGAGGACGUGAUGAGCCGCGACAAUGAUAUCAAGGAGCUGGAGCAGAAGUUGAAGAAGGCACAGGAAUCAUUGGAGGUGUCAGAGAAAGAGAUUGCGAGGUUGGUGCGUGAAUCUCAUGAAGCUUCCAGUAACAUUCAGGUGCAGCUUCAAGCUGCUCAGGAAGACCUCGCGAUGCGGGAGAUCGCUCUCGGAUCAGAGAGAACACAGGUGUCUGAACUACGGGAACAGAUCGAGAAAUACAAAUUCGAUGUCUCAGACGGUGACAACAAGUUGAAAGAAUUGAAAGGAGAAUUAUCUCACACAACCCAGAAUUUCUCUGCAGAGAAGGAGAGGUUGCAAGCUGAAUUCUCUGCAGAGAAGGAGAAGAAUGAGAAGUUGCAGGCUGAAAUUUCAAAGUUAACAGAGGAGCGAGCCCAGUUAGAAUCGAAGCUCAGAGACUGGGAAUCAAGAGGCCUAUCUUUGCAGGAAGAAAUCGAACAAUUGAAGGCGAGCAUUGCGCAGAGAGGAAACGAUGUGGAAACUUUGAACAAAGACCAUGACGCACUGAAACUGAGAUACGAUAUGAUGGUAGUAGAGAAAGACGGCCUGAAAGCCAAGGUGGAGACAUUAAUGGCUGAGGUGAGUUGCAGAGACGAUAAAAUACAGAAGAUGGAGGAGCAUCUGAACAGGUUGCACAUGGAGCAGGUGGAGCUGAUGAAAGGAGCAGAGAGAGGAAGGAAGGUAGUGAAGGAACUGGAGGAAGAGGUAGAGAGGCAAAGGGUGGCCAUUUCCAAUGGUGCUGAGGAGAAGAGGGAGGCCAUUCGUCAGCUCUGUUUCUCUCUGGAUCAUUACAGGGAUGGGUAUAAGCAGCUUCGCCAGGCUUUUAUUGGACACAACAAGCGUCACCGCCCGGUGUUGGCUUCCUAAAUUUUUAAGUCCAUCCCUAGUCUCUUUGUUUUGCUUUUGUUUAGGCGUAUAAUUGGUAAAAGAGUCCUUAAUCUCCUUUGCUGUAAAUUAAAUGCUUUGCGUUAAACUUGUGAUAUUGGUUGGAUUUCCCCCCUCUUGGGGGUUUGUCCAUCCUGGGACUGAUUCCCUCUUUUAUCUUGUCUUUGGGUUUUGAAGAAUGGAUCCAUUGCUUGAAGGAUCA